GAUUUGAUGUCCCCCAUGUUCUGCUGUUUCAGCUGUGGUGAUGACAGGUUCUUCCAGACUGUGUGUGAAUCCAUCCCUGUGAGGUCCAGAGAGGAGGACCAGCAGUUGGCCUCUCUCCUCCAGGCCUUGGGCUCCACCCUGUCACUGGGAGGAGUGUUACCCAGGAAAACCUGCAGGUCUGUGGGGAGAGUCCUGGGUCUCUGUGCCUCCAGAGUGGACCUCACUCUCACCCCCAGCAAGAUCUCUCUCCAAGGAGCCGCACUUCUUUUGAGACAUAAGUCAAAGCUCCACAAGCUCAGGCUGAAUGUGGGCGUGGCAGUGAAACUGUCCAGACUGGUUAGGAGGACAGGGAGAGGUGCUACUCCACUGACUGUCCCAGAACUCUCCCUGGUCCUAAAGAGCAGCCAGCCACCAGAGAGAGUGUUAUCCAGGGCUCUGAGUAGUGUGGCGUCCCUGCUGAGAAUCUGGAGGGUUCAGUGUCUGGACCUGACUGACUUCUGCAUCCAGGGUCACUCUCUCAUCACACUGCUGUGUCACCAGGGACCUCUCUCUCUCAGACUAAACUCAGACACUCUGCAGCAGCUGACUGUAGUUGUGUAUGAAGCUCAGGACAAGGACUUGACUCAGUGGUUCCUGGAGAAGGUUGGUGGAGACCUGACCUCCUGCAGGCUGGACUGGGAAGUGCUUCUCUCUCUGCUGCAGCAUUCAACCCACAACAUCACUGUGGACCUCAGGAAGAACCGGCUCCUAGAGAAGAACAGCUCACAUCUUCUCCCCUUUCUGGGAAGGGUUACUCUCAAGAGGUCCAGUUCCAGCUUUGUAAAGUCCUCCAUCAGACAGAUCUAUGACAGUAGAGACAGUGACUGUGUGUCCAGUUUGUUGAGGUCUUCAGACCAUUGGAUCAACCUGAACAGCAGAGAGCUGGACAGAGUGGACUGUACCGCUCUGUGUUUUACCCUGCAGCACAGCCACCAAGUCAAAGUCAACCUGCUGUGGACCUCCAUACCACCGGGGGAGAUAGAGAGCAUCCUGCCUCUUCUGGACAGAGUCUCCCAACUCAGUGUUGACAGGAGGUUACUGCUGAGUUUCCUCCAGUGCUGUGCUGCCUCUCAGGUCCAGCAGGGGGCACCAUCAUCACCACCAACAGCAGUAUGGCUGCUCAGGUCUCUGCACUACAGACUGGACUUCUCCUGCUCCUCCUCUGUGGACCUGGCAGCUCAGGACCAGGGGGAGGCUCUGUGUCUGACCACUGACCAUUGCAAGGCCAUCAACUCUGUUCUGAAGCAGAACCAACUCGGCACCCAGCUGGUUCAGAACCAGGUCCAGAUCAUCCUAAGAGACUGUGAGGUGGAGGACAGAGCACUGAGGGAGCUGCUUCCCAUCCUGCAUAUUGUCAAGCUGAGUCCCAGCAAAGCUCUGCUACUUCAGCUGCUGGACCUUGUAUGUGAGGGGAUUGAAGAGGGGCUGCUGAGGCAUGCAGAGUCCCUGUGCAGAGCCCUGGAUGGGGAGCUGGACCUCAGUGAGACCAGGCUGGACCAGAAGGCCUGUGGAUCUCUGGCCCUGGUUCUGGAACACUCAGAGGGUCUGUCAGAACUGGACCUCAGCCACUGUCAACUCACAGACCACCAGCUACAGCCCCUGAUCACACACCUGCAUAAAGUACAAGUCCUGGACCUGAGCCACAAUGACAUCACUGAUGCUCUGACUGACAGAAUUCUCCAACUGGUCUUUACCAACACUUCAAUACACACCAUACGACUCUUCAACAACAGAAUCCAGGACAGAAGACCCUUCCUGACAGACAAGAGGUUUGAGAUCUGGUGAAACAACAUCAGGUCUUUGUCCAGGAAGAGAAGGCUGAAUCCAGGACAGAAGGUCCUUCCUGACAGACAAGAGGUUUGAGAUCUGGUGAAACAACAUCAGGUCUUAGUUCGGGAAGAGAAGGCUGAAUCCAGGACAGAAGACCCUUCCUGACAGACAAGAGGUUUGAGAUCUGGUGAAACAACAUCAGGUCUUAGUUCAGGAAGAGAAGGCUGAAUCCAGGACAGAAGAUCCUUCCUGACAGACAAGAGGUUUGACAUCUGGAGAAGAUAAUGCUGUAUAAUAACAGGAUAAUGUGGUCAAUGUAGAAGAUCUGGUGAUGAUAAUGUUGUAUAAUGACACUAUAAUGUGACAAUGUAGAAGGCUGGUUUGAGAUCUGGAGAAGAUAAUGCUGUAUAUUAACAGGAUAAUGUGGUCUAUGUAGAAGGCCGGUUUGACAUCUGGUGAUGAUAAUGUUGUAUAAUAACAGGAUAAUGUGGUCAAUGUAGAAGGCUGGUUUGAGAUCUGGUGAUGAUAAUGUUGUAUAAUGACACUAUAAUGUGACAAUGUAGAAGGCUGGUUUGAGAUCUGGUGAUGAUAAUGUUGUAUAAUGACACUAUAAUGUGACAAUGUAGAAGGCUGGUUUGAGAUCUGGUGAAGAUAAUGUUGUAUAAUAACAGGAUAAUGUGGUCAAUGUAGAAGGCUGGUUUGACAUCUGGUGAAGAUAAUGCUGUAUAAUAACAGGAUAAUAUGGUCAAUGUAGAAGGCUGGUUUGAGAUCUGGUGAAGAUAAUGUUGUAUAAUAACAGGAUAAUGUGGAACAUAAACUGAUAGAACAUUUUAAUACAAAAGACACACAACAAACUAGUUGUUCCAGCUGGAACAGUCUGAUCAUGUAUAAACUACAGUCAACAGACUCAAUAAAGAGAUUCUCUGCUA